CUCUAAACAAAAAUAAGGCGGUCCUUAAAUAGUUGGUCAGUCUUCCGAUCACCUCUCCGCAGAGUCAAAGCCGCUACGAUCCUUCUGUUCCAUGUCGCCGGCCGCAUCUCUCUCUCCUCUCUUCUUCCUCUUCCUCCUCACUGUAUUCCUUUAUCUCUCCUCCGCUGGAUCAGAGAUGCUAGAUUCAACCGGACAUGGAAACGACAGCCCAUGCGUGGUCCCACACGACGGCGACAAGUUCUGCCCCGUGAAAUGCUUCCGAUCCGACCCCGUCUGCGGCGAGAACGGCGUGACGUACUGGUGCGGCUGCCCGGAUGCGGCUUGUGCAGGGGUGCGAGUGGCCAAGAACGGUCCUUGCGAGGUCGGCAAUGGCGGAAACGGCCUCGUAUCCGGCCAAGCCUUCUUUCUCAUCCACAUUGUUUGGCUCAUCAUUCUCGGGUUUUCUGUCCUAUUCGGUUUCUUCUGAGUCCGACAUCCUCCAUUCUGAUGCCGGUUUCUUUGUUGUUUUGAUGACGCGUCGUGUAUUCUUCAAUUUUUUUGUCAGUAAAUUCUUUUUGGUUUUUAACAUCUGUAAUCUACUUGCAAUGAUACUGUAAAUUUGGAAAUUAUAAAAGCAUGCAGCCGAUAUAGCCCUUCAGGCUUCAAACA